AUGUCAACUACCCAUAUAUCUAUUCAACGUAUAACAGCGGACAGAAGACUUGCAGUUUUGGUAGCCAAAAGGACCACCUGUGUAUCAAUGACCAUGGAGGAAGCUUUCAAACAAGAUUUGGAAGGUUCGGAACCAAGUUCUGGCGACCUUGUUGACGGUAACCACGAAAAACACGAAGAAAUCGCGGUCGAAGACAAUAACAGUCAGGACGAACCCAAAUUGGUCGUGGACAAGGAACAAGAAGGUGCAGUUGAGAAUCCAGAAAGCACACUGCCUCUUGAACAAUCGGCCUCCGUUCCUCCGGAGUCUGAGGAGGUUUCUCAUGAUGAUACGAAUCUCUUUGGAGAUUCAAGUAAGCCGGACCAAGAUUCAAAAGUCACAACUGAUGAGCAGGCUGUUGCAAGCAGCGGAAAUACUGAUACUGUUGAUAGGGAUAGUCAAGAUCGGAUGCACGAAAUAGGCGCUCAAGAGCUCAACAGUAACGCUCAAACACAACCGACUGAGACCAUCGCGCCUUCACCUAAGCAGGAGGAAACAGAAGCAGAAGAAGAAAGAGGAGAAGAAGAAGAAGCGCAGAAAGAAGAAGACAACAAGGAGAAGCCCAAAAGUGAAAGCGAAGCAGAUGAUGCCAAAGAAGAUGACAAGAUCAGUGAAUCAAACGAACAACCGCAAAUGUCUACAAGUAAUGAGGAACUGAAAGAUGAGACAUACACUGAAUCUUCAAGCGAGCCAGGCGUCAGAGACGCCGUGAAAAUAGCAACAAAAAGACCGGUGGAAAGCACAGUUCAGUCACAGACUGAAAAGGCAGACGAUUUAAGUGCGGACCAGGUCCAGGAAAACCAAGAGAACGCGGCCUUGAGCUCAGAACAGCCACACUUUAAAACUGAAAGUUCACACGGUCUGCAAGAAGACAAAGCGACAGAAACGUCUGCUGAGACAACGAUUACAAAGCAGGCUGAUCUGGCUACUCCACAAUCUCACGACAUUGUCAUACCAUCGUAUGCGCGCUGGUUCCAUCUACAAAAAAUUCAUUCCAUCGAGAAACAAUCCUUACCCGAAUAUUUCACAAACCGAAUCCCAUCUAAGACGCCUCAAGUUUACGUCAAGUACCGCAAUUUCAUGGUCAAUUCUUAUCGCCUGAACCCUAAUGAGUUUUUCACGAUGACUGCUGCGAGGCGGAGUUUAUGCGGUGACGCUGGCGCCAUCCUUAGAAUCCACAAAUUUCUCACCAAAUGGGGCUUAAUCAACUAUCAAGUCGAUGCUAAGACCAAGCCCAAACAAGUGGAACCGCCUUUCACCGGAGAUUUCACCACAAAACAUGACGCACCUCGCGGGCUUUUCCCAUUUGAGAGCUAUAAACCUGCAAUCCAGAUUCCAGACCUAUCACGGUUGAAAAAACUCAUGCAUCAGAUAGACCCAAGUCCUGGCGUUUCGCCUUCGGAAGAAACAAAACCAAGCGAGCCUAAUUUACAAAUCAAGGAAGACAAGAAAAGGACUCUGGAGGAUAGCUCUGAGUCAUCGAGCCCCAAAGCGAAACUUCAGAGGCCCAACAUCUUGGACACCGUGGACAAAGACUGGUCGAGAGAGAAUCUUCAAAAGCUUUUACAAGGAGUGCAAAAAUACAAAAGCGACUGGCAAAGGGUCGCCCACUUUGUCGGUAAUAAAACUGCAGAACAAUGCAUACUGAGGUUCCUGCAACUUCCCAUAGAAGAUCCAUUUCUACAAUCCAACAUAGGCGAUGAUCUGGGACCUUUGAAGUAUGCACCGCACUUGCCAUUUUCUAAAGCCGACAAUCCCGUCAUGUCUACUAUUGCAUUUUUGGUGGGUCUAGUAGAUCCCGAUCUGGUUAAGAAAAUGACCGACCGAGCGAUAGACUCAAUGAAUCAAGAAAACGAAAAGAAGAUCAGUUCAGAGAACAGCAGCUAUAUCAAGGAGGGCAGUGAGCUAGCUCUGGCAACUUUGGGUGCCAGAUCACACGUCUUCGCUACCAAUGAAGAAAGACAUAUGAACGCACUGGCGAAUGAGAUGACUCAACUCCAAGUGAAAAAGGUUGGUCUGAAACUCAAACUACUGGCGACAAUGGAAAAAUCCUUUGAAAUGGAAAAAAAGGCAAUCCAAAAACAACAAGAAGACACUUUCAUACAAAGACUAUCGUUAGCAAAACACUCAAACGCCAUAAAUGCCAAGCUUCAGCAGUGCCUCGAUGAUUUCGAUGACAAAGCGAAGCUACAAGCGCAUUUCAACGAUCUCAAGGAGCUGCAAGAGGAACCUGCUAGGACCAGUAUGGGGAAGGGUAUGUCAUCGACACCGGUUCCAGACGGCACAUUACACAACCAGGGACGAAAAUCUGUCGAUGACCUAACAAAGGACCCUUUUGUUAAACCUGUGUCAGUAGAUGCCCCUCAGGCGUACCGGUAUUGGUCGGGCUAG